AUGUCGGAGCAAGAGGAUGAUAUGUUCCUAUAUGAAGCUUUUAAAAAUGGCGCCUCUCAUGUUCUCAAGAAGCCAAUUUCUAUUGAUGCAUUGAGGAUUAUCCGUCAAGCUGUCAUGAGAGAAAGAAUGCUCAAGAAUAAUGACAAUAUUUCGAUCCAUAAGACGCCCACACAUGAAGCACCUAUACUCGGAAAGAAAAGUUAUGGUCUUAAAAAGAGAUGUCAUUCGUCUCAAGACGACGAUAAUUAUCAUGAAACUUGUGGCAUGAAGAAGAAAAUAUGUGUGCAAUGGACACAAGAACUUCAUGGCAAAUUCCUUAAAGUUGUUAGGGAGCUUGGAGAUGGAAGCUGUUUUCCGAAAGAUAUUCAAGAGCGUAUGGGUGUUCCCGGUCUUACAAGAAUGCAGGUUGCUAGUCAUCUGCAGAAAUGCCGAAAGGAAAAUUUGAGAUUAAAACAAAAGCAAACAAUGCUCACUAAUUCGUCAAGGAAUCAUACAUUGCCUAAUAAUCUGUUUUCACAAGGUGUUGAUGAAAGAAAGUUUGGGUGUAUGCCAAUAGACCAAAAUGAUCAAGAAGAAAGUAGUACUCUUAUUGGAAUUAACUUAUCAAUCAAUGGAUGGCAAAAAGAAAUGAAUAACAUGAAAAACAAUAGUACUAAUUACCGAAGUGCAUCUAUGAUGAAUAUUUCUAAUCAUCAAAGGAACAAUAUUGAAAAAUGUACACCGUAUGUCCCAAUCCCAUUCGCGAGUGAUUUAAGCUCAAACCAAGAUGAUGGAUUUGGUAGCAAAGCUAGUAUGGUAACUACCACCAACUAUUUCCAGCAAGAACUGCCCGGUGCACGUGAUCAUGCUGGUCAAGGGUUCGAUCAGCAUACCUUUCCAUCAACAUCCGAGGAAUUUCCUGAUUUCCUAAGAGAUUCGGGUGGUAAUGGUCCAAACGAUAUCUAA